AUCUCCGUUGGUACCAUAUCUGUACUUGGAAUGCCUCCAUGGCUCCUUGAGCCUCAUUGUCUAUACUCUUGCUCAGUCCCGGUCAGGAUUCCGAAUUUGAUUCAUUUCUUGCGUAUCUGCAUAUAUAGAAUCGCGACACCGCAGUUGCAAACUCGUGGAGUGCGGCUUGCCUCUGACCUCUACCUGACAUCUCCUGGAUGAACCUCGCGCGACAUUCAAUCAGCUCAACUGCUCCAGUUCUCAUAUUCGACUCCCGUUUCGACGCAGACUGUCAACUUUUCACUACAUGUACUCCAACAGGGUUCGCCGUAUAUCGAGCACGACCAUUGAAGUUACUCCGGAAACGAGAGAUCACCGGUGGCACUUUGGCUGCUGCUGUCCCAUUACAUUCAUCGUCGCUGUUGUUCCUGCUAGGAGGUGGUCGUAGCCCAAGAUACCCACCUAACAAGGUCGUACUGUGGGACGACGCUCAGGGUAAGGAAGUGGCGGAACUCGAGUUCAGAGAGCGGGUACGAGGGCUUGCAUGCAGGCGAGGUUGGCUGGCGGUUGCACUCCGGCGAAGAGUAGUUGUGUUUAAGCUGGAUACUGUAGUAUCCAGAUAUGCGGAAUGGGACACCUGUGAUAACCCAAGAGGUCUACUUACACUUGCCACAGCGGCGUAUUCUACACUAUUAGCUAUCCCAGGCCGGCAAAUGGGACAUGUACAACUGAUACAUUUACCUCCAUGUACGCCACCGGAACCGCUCGGACCACCUCCAUCCUCCCUCCCUUCGCGUCCUCCACCCCCUCCGACACACCACCCUGUGUCCAUUAUCGCAGCACAUGAGAGUGCACUUACGACCUUGUCUGUCCCUCCAUCGGGGCGUCUGCUAGCUACGGCCUCAUCUAGAGGUACCUUAAUUCGGGUAUGGGAUGCAUUCACAGGCAAGCUUGUUCGUGAACUCCGACGAGGCACAGAUAAGGCCGAGAUUUACGGAGUAGCCUUUCGACCGGACGAGAAGGAGCUUUGCGUCUGGAGCGACAAGGGCACUGUUCACAUAUUUGCCCUAGUGGGCGGAAGUGGACUUAGCAACCGCCAUUCCACGUUCUCCCCGUUGACUCCAUACAUACCUUUGCCAAAGUACUUUGGCUCGGAGUGGUCUUAUGCUCAGUAUCGAAUCCCGGCUCAGACGGCCCAUAUCUCAAUGUCGGCAUCUCCAUCGAAGUCUCCUACUGCUGAUGUUGUGGAUGAGGAGAAAUGUGUUGUUGGUUGGAUCCAAGGUCCUUUGGACGACGAGGAAGGUCCUCCUGAGUACCAACUCAUCGCAUUGACAUAUACCGGAGGGUGGUAUCGACUUUCUUUGCCUCGGUCGGGGACUCCAUCUAACGCAUCAAGCACUGCAGGCCACACAUUGUCUCCCCUGCCGUCUUCACCACCUAGCCUGAAAGGAUUUGCUGGUCCAAGGCCGAGAUCAGGUAGCUCAUCUUCCCACUCUAGUCGCCUCGACAAAGGCAAGGAGAGGGAGAACGAUAGCAAGGAGAGUCGAGAAUGCACCCUGAGGGAGUACCGGAGAUACGGUCGGUGGGAUGGCUGGGGCUGAUAUACGAUUUUCAUGAUUUAGAUUACUCUACUCAUUGGGACAUUCCUUACGGUAUCGUGACGACUUCGGAUUCGUUUUGCUUUUUUGUUCUCCACUCAUGCAUUUGCACCUGUAUACACUUGCAUCAUCGGCCAUAUUAUGUACUUGUACUUAUUCUAAUACAUUCACCGUUACUCUUGC